AUGCUCAGGAACAUGAUUAUAAGCUCCGCGCCUGCUGAUUCUACAGGAUGGCAUUCUGCAGCAUGCUCUUCCCUAUCUGGACUAUCCCUCCACGAUCCCAAAGGUGUCGUAGUUGCUGCAACAGCAAUUGCAGCAGGUAGCAACUUCACAGGCAUCACCGAGAACAGUGGAUACAACGCCGUCCAGAUCGAUCUCCCAAGCCUAUGUCGAGUCGAGUACAACGUCCAGACUUCUCUGAACAGCUCUGCCGUUGCUGAGAUAUGGCUUCCUCUGCCAUCAGCCUGGAACAGGCGCUUCCUGGCGGUUGACAAUGGCGGCUUCGCUGGAGGCGUAAACUACCCCGACGUUGUCUGGGGUGCGCGAAAGGGCUUCGCUGCUAUGAGCACAAACACCGGACACAACGGCAGCAGCUCUGAUGGCACGCCAUUUCAGAACCCGGAGCACUUGAUCGACUGGGGUUAUCGAGCUUUACACCUGACAUCCGUGGCCGCCAAAUCUAUCGUGAAAGCGUACUACGGCAAUGCCGCAAAAUAUUCCUACUAUGCCGGCUGUUCAACCGGUGGACGUCAAGGCCUCAACGCCGCACAGCGCUAUCCAUCCGAUUACGACGGCAUUCGUUGCCUCACUGGCCCUCAAAUCACGAAUCUCAAACGCAUGUACGCGCCCUGGCUUGCUGAAGACGGCCGCCUUAUCAACCCUGGGAUCUCCCCAUCGGGCGAAGCAAGUUUCAGCAUCCUCAUGAACGGCCUUACGCCCACCUUCGGGCUUCCCUUCUACGCCGAGACCGUCUUCAACAAUACCAAUUGGGACUGGCGCACGCAGAGUGUGGCUGACGUCGAUCUCGCGGAUAGCAUCAACCCCGGCGGUUGUAAUGCGUACGACCCAGAUAUGCGCCCGUUCCAUGAGCGCGGCGGGAAGGUGCUGCAGUAUCACGGUUGCGCGGAUCCUUUGAUCCCAUCCCUCGAUACACCAGCGUUAUACGAUCUUGUCGACGAGUUCUUCGAGUCUGUAGGCAAGCCGGCAGAGGUUGAGGACUUUUACCGCUUGUUCAUGGUGCCUGGGAUGGGUCACUGCGCUGGUGGCCCAGGUGCCUGGGCACUUGAUGGUGUUUCGCAGGUGGAUUGACGCCAGGAGGAAAGGGGAGUGAGUACUCCAUGCUGUGGGCGUUGGUGGAGUGGGUUGAGGGGACGGCAAAGGCGCCGGAGAAGGUGAUCGGGACGAAGUAUAUGAAUGAUACGGCGAGCUUGGGGGUGCAAUUACAGCGGCCGUUUUGUAAGUGGCCUACUGUAGCGGAGUAUCGCGGGGGUGAGGUGGAUGAGGCGGGCAGUUGGAUUUGUCCUGUAACGGGGGUGUAUUGAUGAAGGCGCAAGAGAUGCAAUUGAUAUGCUGUAUAGUGUUGGGCCUUAUCCACAGACUCUGAAUCAAGUUUUCAAACUUCUUCUUC